CACGCAUCGAUCGAGACGAUGGAGGGGUCUCUGGGCGGCGCGACGAUGGCCGGCAUGCCGUCGGCGGAGGUGGAGAAGGUCAAGGUAGCGGUGCUGGCCGCGGGCGCCUUCGGCAUCGCCAUGUCGACGCUGGCCGCGCGACGCAAGCACGACGUGGUGGUGUACGCGCGCGACGCGGACGUGGUGCAGGCCAUCAACAAGACGCACCGUAGCCCGCGCGUGUUCCCGCAGUUCGAGCUGCUGCCCAACAUCCGCGCCACGACGUCCGUGGCCGAGGCCACCGCCGGCGCCAAGAUGGUGAUCGUGUGUCUGCCGGCGCAGCUCACGCCCGAUUUCCUGGCGCAGCACCGCGACGACAUCCCGGUCGACGCCGUGCUGGUCAUCACGUGCAAGGGGCUGUACCUCAAGACCAAGCAGCUGCUGGCCGAGCCGAUCCUCGAUGCGCUGGGCCGCGACCAGCCGCUCGCCUUCCUCUCGGGCCCGUCCUUCGCGCUGGAGCUCAUGAACAACGCGCCCUCGGCCGUCGUCGUGGCCUCCAAGCUGCUCUACCACGCCGUCUACGUGCAGCGCCGGCUGUCCACGGUUGACUUCCGCAUCUACAGCUCGCAGGACAUCGUGGGCGUGCAGCUCGGCGGAGCGCUCAAGAACCCGCUGGCCAUCGGAGCCGGCAUGGUCGAGGGCGCCGGCUACGGCAUCAACACGCUCGCCGCCUUCGUCACGCGCAGCUCGCUCGAGUUGCAGAAGCUCUGUCUGGCCAUGGGCGGCCAGCCGAUCACCAUCUCGGGGCUCUCGGGCAUCGGCGACCUCAUGCUCACGGCGUUCGGCAGUCUGUCGCGUAACCGGACGUUCGGACUGCGCCUCAUCCAGGGCGAGAAGGCCGAGGACUUGCUGCGCGAGACCACCGUCGAGGGCGUGCCCACGGCCGAGGUCGCCGUCUACUUCGCCGAGCAGUGCGGCCUCGACCUGCCUAUCUUCCGCACUGUCAACGCUAUGAUCAAGGGCCACGUCAAGCGCGAGCAGCUCCAGGAGGUGCUCAUGAACCGGCCGUUGAAGUCCGAGACGUGA